ACGUGUAAAAUCGCACUUCACUAGUCACCCAUGUCACCAACAGGUUUGGUUUGGUGUGAAAAUUGAAAAUGAGCCACCCAUUUGAAAAGAAAGUGUAAGAUGUUCAUGCCUUACUCUGCUUCCACCACUGCUGCUACUCCAACUCAAUGUACCACCAUCACAGAAUUCAGAUCAAACCCCCAACCCUCUCUUCCCUCUUCUCCCCAAAAUGCCCUCUCAGGCUCCCUCUUCUGCCUUCCACCUCCAGGCCCAACAAGGCCCCCAUCCGGGCCUCCCUCCCUCCCCCCUCCUCCUCCUCCUCCGGCCCAGCCCAAACCCUAAUCUCCCUCCUCCGCUCCGUCCCGGACUGGGCCGACGCGGUGCAGGAGCGGGGCAUGCAGAAGAAAAGGUCCCUCUACACGCACCUCAACUGGCGCGACCACCGCAGCUCCCUCCGCCACCUCCGCCACCUCCUCUCCAGCCUCUCCUCCCGCGUCAUCCUCUCCCUCGUCCCCCCCGUCCUCUUCUUCACCGCCUUCGCCGCCGCCAUCGCUGCCUACAACUCCGCCCUCCUCCUCCACCUCCUCCCCGACUUCCUCCCCCUCCUCCGGGCCUCCACCCUCCCCUACCAGCUCACCGCCCCCGCCCUCGCCCUCCUCCUCGUCUUCCGCACCGAAGCCUCCUACGCCCGAUUCGUCGACGGCAAGAAGGCCUGGACCAACGUCAUCGCCGCCACGCACGACUUCGCCAGACAGGUCGCCGCCAUCGUCGUCGACAACGCCGACGACUUCCCCAUCAAGCACGCCCUCUUGCAGUACAUCGCCGCUUUCCCCGUUGCGCUUAAGUGUCACGUGUUGUAUGGUUCGGAUAUUAGGAGGGAUCUUCAGCAUAUGCUGGAAGUGGAUGAUCUAGCUGUGGUCAUGAAUUCCAAGCACCGGCCUCAUUGCAUUAUUGAGUUUAUUUCACAGAGCAUUCGGUUGCUGAAACUGGAGGAUUCUAGAAGGAAUGUUCUGGAGUCAAAGAUAUCUUGUUUCCAUGAAGGAAUUGGCAUAUGUGAACAACUUAUGGGUAUUCCCAUUCCGUUAUCAUAUACUCGCUUGACCUCAAGGUUUCUUGUCCUGUGGCAUCUGACGCUCCCUAUCAUACUUUGGGAUGAUUGUCAAUGGAUUGUGGUUCCUGCUACUUUUAUUAGUGCUGCAUCUUUGUUUUGCAUUGAAGAAGUUGGAGUUCUUAUAGAGGAGCCAUUUCCCAUGCUUGCACUUGAUGAACUCUGCCAAAAGGCGCACACAGACAUCCAAGAAGCAAUCACAACUGGAAAUUUAAUUCAUGCGCGCCUUGUUGCAAAGCAAAAUAGCCUCUCUGAAGAGCAUUCACCGAAUGGCUGGCCUAACUCCUAGAUGAAAGGGAACUUUACUAUGAACUUCAAAUUUUGCUUGAGGUGGUUCUGUACAUGCUACUUGUUUAACCAAGUUAAUUGUAGUUAGGAAUUAUAUUAUGUAGUCACUAAUGAUAAUUGUGCUACACUUGCACCAACAUGCAGAGUCUACCUCAAAUCGGCCAGAAUGGUGCUUUUCGAAUGUAUUCUGCUUAUGAACUGGAUCUGUAUAUAUCAUUAAUUCAUAAUCAUGUAAAUAUAAGGUCAUCAAUUCAGGCCUUUGUUUUUAUAGAUUAUAUAUGUACUUUUAGGACGAACCAGAGGUUCUAAUAGGCAUUUACUUUCUCUACGGCAUGUAUAUAAGAAGUUGUUUAAUGAAACACGAGGAUCUUUUCUCCCAAA